AUGGCUCUGGUCUUGUGUGUCUUUGCUUUGCUGAGUUCAGUCUGCCUGGUAGAAGCCAACAUCUUUGAGUACCAGGUGGAUUCUCAGCCACUCCGGCCCUGUGAGCAGCAGAGGGAAAAGGCCUUCCUGAAGCAGGCCGAAUAUGUUCCACAGUGCUCCGAAGAUGGAAGCUUCCAGACAGUCCAGUGCCAAAAUGAUGGUCAAUCCUGUUGGUGUGUGGAUGUUGAUGGCAGGGAGGUACCUGGCAGCAGACAGCUGGGGAGGCCAACAGCUUGUCUGUCCUUCUGCCAGCUACACCGGCAGCAGGUCCUGCUGAGCAGCCUCAUUAACAGCACGAAUGCGCUCUACCUCCCUCAAUGCCAGGAUGCGGGGGACUACGCGCCAGUGCAGUGUGACCUGUGGCAGGUGCAGUGCUGGUGUGUAGACACAGAGGGCAUGGAGGUGUACGGCACCCGGCAGCUGGGGAGACCAACGCGGUGUCCAAGGAGCUGUGAGAUACGGAACCGUCGUCUCCUCCACGGGGUCGGAGACAAGUCGCCACCCCAGUGCACUGCAGACGGGGAGUUCAUGCCUGUCCAGUGCAAGUUUGUCAACACCACAGAUAUGAUGAUCUUCGAUCUGAUCCACAGCUACAACAGGUUUCCAGAUGCGUUUGUGACCUUCAGUUCCUUCCGGAGCAGGUUCCCUGAAGUGUCUGGGUACUGUUACUGUUCCGACAGCCAGGGGCGGGAGCUGGCCGAGACAGGUUUGGAGCUGUUACUGGAUGAAAUUUACGACACCAUUUUUGCUGGCCUAGACCGAGCUUCCACUUUCACUCAAAGCACCAUGUACCGGAUAUUGCAGAGACGCUUUCUGGCCAUUCAAUUAGUCAUCUCUGGCAGAUUUCGAUGCCCCAGCAAGUGUGAAGUAGAGUGGUUUGCUGCCACCAGCUUUGGUCACCCAUACAUCCCGAGAUGCCACAGAAAUGGAGGCUACCAAGCAGUACAGUGCCAGACAGGAGGGCUGUGUUGGUGUGUGGAUGCCCAGGGGAGAGAGAUCCCUGGCACUCAGCAGCAAGGGCGGCCACCAUCUUGUGUGUUAGGCGAGCAGGUGGAAGAAGCCCUGGACCUGAGAUAA